AUGUUUUCCACCAUUGUAGACAUUUCUUCUAUUUGGAAUACCAUGUCUUACAUUGAGAUACCACAACAACAAACAAACAAAAAAACUUCAGGCAGACAAAGGAUUAUCGAUAAAGGGCCAGAAGCACAAAGAAUGAGUAACUCCAAAGUCAUAUUAAGUGGGUGGUUAACAGUCCAGGAAUCAAAUAGCAUCCGAUCUUGGAAGCGGCGUUGGUGUGUCCAUGCUGACUAUGGUCUUUUCUUUUACAGAGAUCCAACUGAGCAGCAAUGCGUAGGUUCCAUCUUGCUGCCAAGUUAUACAAUCCGGCCAUGUGAUGCAAGUGAUCCAGUCAACAAAAGAUACGCCUUUAAGGCUGAGCAUGCCAAUUUGAGAACUCAAUAUUUCUUUGCUGAAAGUAGAGAAAACAUGGAUGAAUGGGUGAAGGUGCUGAGUCAGUCUGCUCAGAUGUUAAAUUCGGAACCUGGUCUGGACAACUUCUCUGGCCCCCAAAGACCAGCAAGUCCAGAAAAUGGAAACGAAUACUACGUGCUUGCAAGAGAUGCGGCUCAAAACGGAGAGUUACGAUACCAGCGGACAACGUUACCUAAAGAAGAAACGCCACCUGAAUAUUAUCCCAUUGAUAGACCCUCAUCAGUAUCUUCCAAGGAAUAUUCCCCUUACAGUAACAUCCCAAGUUCUGAAUAUUCCUACAGAAAUUCCUAUUCACCAAAUCACACAUCUAUGCAACCUGGUUCUCCCCGUUUCUUUCAUAGUCAGCAAAAUGCUUCUUUUGGAGAAGAAACUCCCAAUCGAAAUUCGUAUUCUUCAGUUGGCUCUCCUUAUGAUCAGAGACGUGACUAUAGCUAUAAGUCUGCAAAACCACCAGAAAGAAACCCUGGCUCCUCGCCUCGGCCUUCACCUCAUCGGCAGUCUGUAUCUUCAUCAAUCAGUCCUUAUCCUGAUGUUACAUCAAAUUACAAUGUGGCUUAUUCAUCUUUAGAUUUCAAUGCAAUGUAUCAUAAUGAACAUUUAGAAGGGCAUCCUUCACCUCCUGGUUCUUACCAGUCUAUCGGCUCGCCGCAAUCAUUAGAUAGUAAUAGCAUGACAGUUCCCAAAACUAUAGAGGCGGGAUUCUAUAGUGCCCCACCUCCUUCCCAGAAUGCUCUUUCUCACUAUUCAUUGAACAGUCCUAAUUCCCCUGACUCCUACCGAAAUCACAAGAACUAUUCGCCAUUGGAAAGGGGUCCAGAUAGGGACUCUUAUUCCUCCAGAGGAGACCUUAACCAUAGCCAGUUGUCAUAUGAAAUGUACUCGCAUAAUGACAGUCAUGGCCGAGAUUCGCUAAAUUUUGAUCUAAGUCAAGAUAACUUUGUAACAAACCACUCUGAUAUUGCAGCCCCUUUCUCAAAACGAUUGUCUGGCGCACAAACCAAUCUGUCCAAGUUAGCGGUAGAUAGCGACAAUGGUGACCAGAGAUCUGUAGAUACAGAAUCACACCAGGAAUAUGCUACCAUAUGUCGUAUACGGUCAGAAAGCAUGUGCACAUCACCUGAAAUUGUGCGUAGUCGGCCAGCAUCUAUUUCUGCUUCACAGCAUGGAUCUGAGGCUGAUGUCCCAAAACGGACUUCCAUACAGCGACUGCAAGAGAUGCACCUGCGAGAACUGCAAAGGCAUUCACCUUUGUCAAGAAGUUUUUCCUCGGGCAAUGUGCCAAACUAUCACAGCAUUUCCCAAACACUUUCUCAGAAGGAAGACGAAGAGGAAGAUUUAGGAGAAACAAAGUACUGUGAGGACAAUCGCACACAGGAAGAUCUCUUCUUUAAACGUAAUUCUACAUCCUCGCAGCCACAGCCAGAAUACCAAUCUGUAAUUCGGAGUUUAUCCCCAGCAUCUGAGCUGCAAAAUCAGAUUGUGUAUGAUUAUCAAGGGAUGGGUCAUGAUUCCACAUUGCCGACUCAUUCAUCUCAGGGAUUGUCUGUGAAACCGCAGAAAUAUCCCAGCAACAUUGACUUGGGUCGAAAUAGCAAGCCUAAUAGUAACUAUAUGAAUGUUAACAACAGACAUUCAUAUUCGGAUUUUGUUAAUAAGGCUGACAGUUUAGAGUUAAUAUCAGCAGAUACAGCAAAAGAUUUAUACAGUAUGGAUUACAAAGGACACUCUCAAUCUUUUGAGAGAAAUGGCCGCCCUAUGUCAUAUGAUUCUGCAUCGAAUGUCAACAAGCCAGCAGGCUCAGCUUAUAAUUUUAUGGAACCAGAUCCUUCGAACCACUCACAACACAGUAGUGAAAUUUCAGAUGCUUAUGUAAAUUACCAGACAGCUUCAAAUCUACGGAGUGCCAGUGGUACACCUGAGAGACAAAGACAUCAAAAUGGAAUUCACGAAAGGAAUAUAAAUACUGUUAAAGAAGAUCCCAAUAUGCCCGAUACAGCUGUUAUUGAAACGGUCCAUCCAAUGUUGGCCAAACUGAAAGCCAGCCAAGGAAGGCUUCGAAUGAGCAUCUCAGCUGGAGAUCUGCUUGGCAAAACUCAUGAAGAACUUGUUCUCUUGUUAAUACAAUUGAGACGUAACAAGACCAACUUGGAACGUUGUCGGGAAUCAUUACGAAAACAAAUUGAUCAACUUCGUCCAUUUGAGCAGGAAUAUAAAAGACAGCUUCAAGAAUCCAACACAGUUCUUGACUUCCACUUAGAAGACAAACAUGGUCACUUUAUGGAACUUAAAAAACAAUGUGGGGAAGUUGAAAACAAGUUGGAGAUGUAUAAACCUAUUGAAAAUCUUGUGGAUAAUAUGGUUACCAUGGGAAGUUUGUAUGGUGGGAAUAACUACAUGUUGGCAACCCAGUAUCGCAAACACAUCCUGAAUCCAGAUGAGUAUAUCCCACCGAAGAAAAUGCUUGAGUUCUCGCGCCAACAUCAAGAAGAUGUGAUUAUUCAAAAGAUAGAGAAAGACGUUCGAGAAUUAACAAAUGAUGAGGCGGAUUUAGAGUGCGCAAAAGCAUUGGUUGAGUUUUUCUUUCUCUUGCAACCCCCUUUCUUUCUUUCUUUCCUUCUUUCUUUCUUUCUUUCCUUCUUUCCUUCUUUCUUUCUUUCUUUCCUUCUUUCCUUCUUUCUUUCUUUCUUUCUCUUGCAACCCCCUUUCUUUCUUUCUUUCUCUUGCAACCCCCUUUCUUUCUUUCUUUCUUUCUCUUGCAACCCCUUUUCUUUCUUUCUUUCUUUCUUUCUCUUGCAACCCCCUUUCUUUCUUUCUCUUGCAACCCCCUUUCUUUCUUUCUCUUGCAACCCCUUUCUUUCUUUCUCUUUCCCCUUUCUUUCUUUCUUUGCAACCCCCCCUUUCUUUCUUUCUCUUGCAACCCCUUUCUUUCUUUCUUUGCAACCCCUUUCUUUCUUUCUCUCCCUUGCACCCCCUCUUUCUUUCUUUCUCUCCUUGCACCUUCCUCUUUCUUUCUUUCUCUCCUUGCACCCUUCCUCUUUCUUUCUCUCUCCCCUUUCCCUUCCUCUUUCUUUCUUUCUCUCUCUCCCUUGCACCCUUCCUCUUUCUUUCUUUCUCUCUCUCCCUUGCACCCUUCCUCUUUUUUCUUUCUCUCUCUCCCUUGCACCCUUCCUCUUUCUUUCUUUCUCUCCCUUGCACCCUUCCUCUUUCUUUCUUUCUCUCCCUUGCACCCUUCCUCUUUCUUUCUUUCUCUCCCUUGCACCCUUCCUCUUUCUUUCUUUCUCUCCCUUGCACCCUUCCUCUUUCUUUCUUUCUCUCUCUCCCUUGCACCUUCCUCUUUCUUUCUUUCUCUCUCUCUCCCCUUGCACCCUCCUCUUUUCUUUCUUUCUUUCUCUCUCUCCUUGCACCCUUCCUCUUUCUUUCUUUCUUUCUCUCUCUCCUUGCCCCUUCCUCUUUUCUUUCUUUCUCUCUCCCUUGCACCCUUCCUCUUUCUUUCUUUCUUUCUCUCUCUCCCUUGCACCCUUCCUCUUUCUUUCUUUCUUUCUCUCUCCCUUGCACCCUUCCUCUUUCUUUCUUUCUCUCCCUUGCACCCUUCCUCUUUCUUUCUUUCUCUCUCCCUUGCACCCCUUCCUCUUUCUUUCUUUCUCUCUCCCCUUGCACCUUCCUCUUUCUUUCUUUCUCUCUCUCCUUGCACCCUUCCUCUUUCUUUCUUUCUCUCUCUCCCUUGCACCCUUCCUCUUUCUUUCUUUCUCUCUCUCCCUUGCACCCUUCCUCUUUCUUUCUUUCUCUCUCUCCCUUGCACCCUUCCUCUUUCUUUCUUUCUCUCUCUCCCUUGCACCCUUCCUCUUUCUUUCUUUCUCUCUCUCCCUUGCACCCUUCCUCUUUCUUUCUUUCUCUCUCUCCCUUUUUCCUCUUUCUUUCUUUCUCUCCUCCUUGCACCCUUCCUCUUUUUUCUUUCUCUCUCCCUUGCACCCUUCCUCUUUCUUUCUUCUCUCCCUUGCACCCUUCCUCUUUCUUUCUUUCUCUCUCCUUGCCCCUUCCUCUUUCUUUCUUUCUCUCUCUCCCUUGCACCCUUCCUCUUUUUCUUUCCUUUAG